UUUGGAUUUUAAUAUAAGACUCGCUACGCAAAAACUUACCUUCCAGGAACGCUACUUUCAAUGAAAACAGAUUUUAUUCUCUACUAGCUGCAAGGACCCGCUUCGCUGGUUUAUUAUUUAGGAAUUCCAAAAUGGCAGAAACCACACUUGAAAAAACAAUGGAAAUAGGUGCAAUAUCGCCACCUGACUGCACUUUAAUCACAGAAAUGCCAGAAAUAAUAAUAAUCAAUGUACUUGAAUACUUGUAAGAUGCAGAAUUAGAUUUAUGCAGCCGAGUGUGUACCAAAUGGAAAGAUAUUAUCGUAAACAUGAUGUAUCACCGAGUAACAAUUAUCACAAGGAAAAUCCCUCUUAAUGUAAUAAUCACCGCAAUCUACGAAUCGGAAAGUCUACGUCCCUACGUUGGUUUCGACAAUAAUUUUCAAUACAAUUGGUUCAUUUUAGAAGAUGAACCUAAACUUAUGGUUUUGUCUACAGAUGAUCUUAAUGGAUUUGGAGAAAUUACACUUGAUCCAAUUCCAAGUCAUAUUUACUUUAUGCAUUUAUCGCAUCGAAACUAUUUUACAAACCCCUUUCCUGCACAUUGUUUGAAUAUUUUUAAUUAUUCGUUCACUGUACGUGGAAACGCAUCUAUACUUCGUGACAAGUCAGAUUUGAUAAAGGAAAUAAAGAAUGUUUGCAACAGAAAUAAUAUACCGGACGAUCAAACAAAAUGCGUCAUCUUUUACAAAGAUAUUGCAGUAUAUUCGUUCGAAGACGAAACUGGACAUUUUCUAGAUUUCUCAGACCACCGUGAUGUUUACAAGCUCACAUUAUUUUAUGAUGAGAAAGUGAAUGCUUUUCCUGUUUAUAUUUAUGAAGGUAAAACUGGUUAUACGACUAUCAAAGAGAAAUUGCAAAGGCUGAAAUAUUGUGAACUCAAAAUCGUACAGAAGAGAUGUUUCGCGUAUAUUUUUCAUGACUCAUGUACAGAGUGCAUGGAUCCAACAACUCGAGCAUUUAGAGAAAUUUUUCCUUUAGUGAAAUACGUUACUCAUAACUUUUUACCGUUUUAUUUAUCAAUCAUUCCAAGCGAAAUAGAGUAUUCUCGUAUAGAGCACGACUAUUUGAUUCUCUGUACUACAAUAAUGGUUUUUGUGUGGUGGUAA